CAACAAAAUAAGUUUCAGAACAAUUCUGAAAGAACUUCUUUUCAAGUACAGAAACAGAUCUCCAAUAACUUGCAUGCACAAAAAAAGAAGCUAAAUCUCUUAGAAUGAAUCUCUUUUUCUUCCUAUUUCUCCUUUUAUUUCUGUAAAGAGUUUCGUCUCCUCCCUCAUCUCUUCUUGAAGUGUGAAAUGACUGUUUAAACAGGAAGUGUCUGUUUUAGAUGACACCGGACAGCAGUUAUUUUUAUUAAUGUGUCAGUAUGGGCUCCGGUGCACUGCCUCUCAUUCUCUUGCUGAUGUCCUUCAUCCACGCUGGACUCACUCAAGAGAGACCAAAAGCUGUGCUGAAGGUGACUCCAGAUGAGCGUGUGUUCAGAGGAGAGACAGUCACUCUCACAUGUGACAUACAGGGAGCAGGACACAUUCAGUGGAUAUACAGCUGGUUUAGAAAUGGAUACACUUUCUAUCCACAUACAACAACAACAGCAGAGAUCAGUUUCAAAGCUUUUUACAGUGGUGAAUACAGCUGUAGAGGACACACAUACUCACAGAGAUCAGACAUCAGUGCUGCUGUUACACUGACUGUAUCAGAUCUGAAGCCAAAGCCUGAACUCACAUCAGAUCCUGAAGGAGCUGCACUGACAGGAAACACAGUGACUUUGAUCUGUCAUGUGAAUCCAGCCACUGGAUGGGACUUUUACUGGUACAAACACACACUGAACUCUGAGACAAAGACACAAACAAACUCCUACAGAGUGAAGAUUGAUUCAGUGUCUGCUGGAGGCCAGUACUGGUGUAGAGCUGGAAGAGGAAAACCAGUCUACUACACACAAUACACUGAUGCACUGUGGGUAAAUGUUACAGGUCAGGGGUCGCAGGUCUCUCUGGUGGUCCGUCCCAGCAGAAGUCAACACUUCUCGUCUGACUCUCUCUCUCUGAGCUGUGAGGAUCAGAGGAACUCUGCUGGAUGGACAGUGAGAAGAUACACAGACAGAAACACAGGAGAUUGUUCAAAACGAACAGGAUCUACAUGUCGACUCGUCUCUCUCAGCACAUCUGACUCUGGAGUUUACUGGUGUCAGUCUGAAUCUGGAGAGAAACGUCAUCCUCUCAACAUCACUGUACACGAUGGUGAUGUGAUUCUGGAGAGUUCUGUUGAUCCUGUGAUUGAGGGAGAUACUCUGACUCUACACUGUUUACAUCGAUCUACAAACUCCUCGAUCCUCAGAGCUGAUUUCUAUAAAGACGGAUCCCUCGUCCAGAGUCAGACGACAGGAGAGAUGAGCAUCACGAAUGUCUCAGAGUCAGAUGAGGGUUUCUACUACUGUAAAACAGAGAGAGGAGAGUCACUCCACAGCUGGAUCUCAGUCAGAGAGAAGAAAGGAAUUCAUCCAGAUUUAGAACAUCAUGAGGGUUCAGGUCAGAUUUCUGUCUUCAGCAUCCUCAGUUUUCUUCUGGCAGCUUUUCCGUAUCUGCUGUCGACAGUCGUGCUGCUGUUCAAAUGUUACAGAGCGAGAGUUACAUGGACUGAAGAACAAAGCCAGUCUGCUGUAACAGAGGAAUAAUCUUCAUCUCUUCUCCAAACCGCACACAGUCACAGGAUGCUGGAGUCUCAGACUGAAGACUGAAACACACUGGACACAAGCAGUCCAUCACAAGACUAAAAGACAAUGCUCUUUAUGUGUGUCACAUUCACUGUAAACUACUGACAGACACCCUUUAAAUACUACUAACAACAAUAAGAAUGUCAAAUCACAUCUGAACAACAUAUUUUUAUGCUUUCUGUUGUCUGAAUAAAACAAGUUUUAGUUUAAUUAUAAAAAUGUCUCGUUGCUGUUAAAUCUUUCCUGAAUUGUAAAGUAAAAUUAAUAACUUUUAUAUUGUUAGUAAUAUUUCAAGUCAAACAUUUACUUGACUGAAGCAACUUAUGUUUUUCCAAACAUAAUUAUAUAUGUUCUUCUCUCAGUUAUCAUUGUAUUGCAUUGUAUUAUGUUUUCAUCAAACUAAGGAUUUAAAUAUCAUUUAUGUAAGAAGUCCGUUAUAAAGAUCUCCUUGCUUUACAUUAUAAGCUUUCAGAAUUCUGUCCAUAUGAAUAUUAGUAUCUGUACCAAAUUGCAUAAUUUUGCUCAGUUUGGGCCUCAAAAUAAAAUUUAUGUUUUGUUUUUGUUUUUUUCACUUUGGGUUUGAGCUCCUUAUUCUCACAAAUUUGAGCAAUAAAAGCAUGGUGUAUGAAAAACGGAAAAACAACAACAUGAAACAUUUCUUUUUUUAGUUUUUAGAUUGUCAAAAUGUUCAAUAAACUAUCCUAUUAUAUAUAUUUUGGGCAUAAACAGGUUAAAAGUGCUGUCUGUUACAAAU